AUGGACAGCGACAAGGCGAGCCCGAGCAUUAUCCGCCUGUGGAGGGUCUGGCGGACGGCCAAGGAGAUGAUGCGCGACCGGGGCUACAUGGUGCUUGAGGAAGACACGACAAUGUCCCUAGCCGAGUUCACCAGCAAGUUUGGGCGCGAAGACGGAGAGCCAGAUCGCUCCCGCCUCAACUUCUCCUGCCUUCCUUCGGAAGAGAUGCUUGCCAAAUACACGCCCGCGCCCACAAAGAAGGACCCCAAUCCCGUACCGCAGAUCGGCUCCAUCUGGGUCGAAUUCAACAGCGACGAGAACGUAGGCCUUAAGCAGCUGCGCGACUACAUGGGCCAUUUGCUCAACGGCAACUUUUACUCUGGUGUCAUGAUCACGGUCCAGGCCAUGACCGGCAUGGCUAUACGACUUCUGCGCGGCGCGACGAGCAUGAGCGACGGACCGAAGGGUGGUGUCGAGGUCUUUGUCGAGCAAGACUUGCUCGUCAACAUCACAAAGCACGAGCUUGUGCCAAAGCACGUGCUGCUCAGUGCAGAAGAGAAGCAGCAACUGCUGAAACGGUACCGGUUGAAGGAGACACAGUUGCCUAGGAUUCAGUCUACAGAUCCAGUCGCAAAGUACCUAGGGCUCAGGAGAGGAUCCGUUGUCAAAAUCAUCAGAAAGGCCUUUCGCUCGGGGUUGGCAACAUCCACCUCGAAGAAAUGGUUAAACAUAAGCCACAAGCCCCAUCUAGGACCACAGCAGACGCUAGUUGUGGGCGCAUAUACUGAGCAAAGUUCUUCAUCGAGUAAGGCGUUUGGCGCUUGGGACGGGACAUUAGCAUGUGCAAAAAAAGCACCUUUGAAAGCUUGGUUGCAUUCCACUUUUGACAAAUCAUGUAAACUUACAUUGCAUGCUUGUGCUCGACAGGAUUCGCGGUUUGUGUCAUAUAUCGAGCACAUCGAUCCUACAAAUGAGAGCAGAAUCUCGACUCAACUCAGUAUGCCCAACGUUUUUAAUCCGUCAUCCGGGCACUUUCGCCUUGUGGAGAUGGAGAUGCUCUUCUCAUUACAGUGCAGAGAUUACGUUUUCUUGUUCCUCAUAUCCUUCGCAUUCAUCAAGCAUGGUAUCAAAAUCACCCAUCAAACGCACCCCCAUACACUCCCCCAAAUGCCCGCUUUACCCCGUUAUAACAUCUUCCCAAUCUUUCAAACCAGCAAUCCCAACUGCAAGCUCUCGUCUACAAGCUCAACCAAUACGUAA